AUGCAGCCCGCGAUGAUGAUGUUCUCCAGUAAAUACUGGGCCAGGAGAGGGCUCUCCCUCGACUCAGCCGUGCCCGGGGAGCACCAAGGACUCAGCAACCUGACACCAAACACAGCCAAUUCUGGUAAAAAUGAUGAGAAGAAAUGGAAUAAAGGAAACGGCAAAAGUGAAUCAGUUUCUGAAAGCGGAAAGACAGCUGUAGUGUUUUCCUUGAAAAAUGAAGUUGGUGGAUUGGUGAAAGCUCUCCGACUCUUCCAGGAGAAGCAUGUGAGUAUGGUUCACAUUGAAUCAAGAAAAUCCAAGAGGAGGAGUUCAGAGGUAGAAAUUUUUGUGGACUUUGACUGCAGUAAGAAAGAAUUUAAUGAACUAAUUCAGUUGCUAAAGUUUCAGACUAACAUCGUAACUCUUAAUCCACCAGAAAACAUCUGGACUGAUGAAGACGAACUUGAUUGUGUCCCUUGGUUCCCCAGGAAGAUUGCUGAAUUAGACAAAUGCUCGCAGAGAGUUCUAAUGUAUGGCUCUGAGCUGGAUGCAGAUCACCCAGGAUUUAAGGACAAUGUAUAUCGACAGAGAAGAAAGUAUUUUGUGGAUGUUGCCAUGAGUUAUAAAUAUGGUCAACCCAUUCCCAGAGUGGAGUACACAGCCGAAGAAAUUAAAACUUGGGGGACAGUAUUCAGGGAACUCACUAAACUCUAUCCCACUCAUGCUUGUCGUGAAUAUUUAAAAAACUUCCCUUUGCUGACCAAGUACUGUGGAUAUAGAGAGGAUAAUGUACCCCAACUGGAAGAUGUUUCUAUUUUUCUUAAAGAAAGGUCUGGCUUCACAGUAAGACCAGUUGCUGGAUAUCUGUCUCCUCGAGAUUUUUUAGCAGGAUUAGCCUAUAGAGUUUUUCACUGCACUCAAUAUGUACGGCAUGGCUCUGAUCCUCUCUACACACCAGAACCAGAUACGUGCCAUGAACUCCUGGGGCAUGUGCCUCUACUUGCUGAUCCCAAGUUUGCCCAGUUUUCACAAGAAAUAGGACUGGCCUCACUUGGAGCAUCUGAUGAAGAAGUUCAGAAACUAGCUACUUGCUAUUUUUUUACUAUCGAAUUUGGCCUUUGCAAGCAAGAGGGACAGCUACGUGCUUACGGGGCAGGACUCCUGUCUUCUAUUGGCGAAUUAAAGCAUGCUUUGUCUGACAAGGCCAGUGUGAGAACAUUUGAUCCAAAGACUACUUGCUUGCAAGAAUGCCUUAUCACCACUUUUCAGGAAGCUUACUUUGUCUCAGAAAGUUUUGAAGAAGCCAAAGAAAAGAUGAGGGACUUUGCAAAAUCAAUCAAUCGUCCCUUUUCAGUGUAUUUCAACCCAUACACGCAAAGCAUUGAAAUUCUGAAAGACACCAGAAGUAUAGAAAACGUUGUCCAGGACCUUCGGAGUGAUCUGAACACGGUGUGUGAUGCUUUAAGCAAAAUGAACAGAUAUUUGGGCAUUUGA